ACGGCCCUCCGACUCCUGCCCAUCCAGAACACGCUUACUUCAGCUGCUCAGAGGACAGACCGAGUGCCAGCUGACUUUGGGACGGGAAGACGGACCACAACCCUAGUUGACGUCAAGCAGCUCCAAGCGAGUCGACGGACCUCAGCUCGCUCAUCGCGCCUGGUUAUUCUUGGCCAGAUUUUCACGCGUGUUGAAGGAAGAGUCCCGCCCAUCAAAUCCCCUAUCGGUUGAACUGAAAGGCGCCCUUCUCUGACUUGCGGGAAGGACGCCGAGGAUGUCGUACAACGGAAGUUCGAUUCGGUCGCUUGAGACUCAAAUGCGCGCAACAACGCUGAAAGAUAAGGAACAAACGGCACCGAAGGUUGUCCGUCAAGGUCUAACCAAAUCGUCAGCGGCACCUCUUCGUGUUCCUUUGACGAAACAAGCAAUGGCUGGUCGUCCGACAACAGAAAUUGCACCAUUGAAGAGAUCAAACUUGUCCAAUCUCAAACCACACCCAACGACAGCGGCCACAGGGUCACCGACUGGCACUAAAUACAGUACUGCGAAUCGCUUGAAUGCAACCCAGUCUGUGGUUGACGGAAAAGGAGUCCGAGCCAAGCCGCCCCAAACAUCACAAAGGCCGCCGCAAGCGCAAAAAGAAAAUGCUGCCCCAAACACAGCAGCCACUACUGCAGGAGUGAAGGUUGCCACCCCUCCAACGCCAAAGAUGGUCAAGUUCAACGAGACUGUGCAGAUGAGAAGUCCCGAGCGUGUUCCAGAGUCCAAGCAGAACAGUGUCCUUUUAAACCAGAGUAUCUAUCCGCAGGCAUCUUCAGUCAGUGACGGCAGUACUCAUCCCAGUGGUCGAAAAUGGUCCUUGAAUGAUUUCGACGUUGGCAGGGCCCUUGGGAAAGGGAAAUUUGGACGGGUGUAUCUGGCCCGUGAAAAGCGUAGUGGCUUUGUCGUGGCUUUGAAAAUCCUUUUCAAGAGUGAGCUCGCCAACGCAAAAGUUGAGAAACAACUGAGACGUGAAAUUGAGAUUCAGUCUCAUCUCAGGCACACGCACAUUUUGCGCCUUUUUGGGUACUUUUACGAUGCUAAGCGAGUGUACCUUAUUCUUGAGUAUGCUGCGAAAGGGGAACUGUAUAAGCAGCUGAGCAAAUAUGGGCGAUUCUCGGAAAGAAGGGCUUCAAAGUACAUCGCGCAAAUGGCAAAUGCACUAGGAUAUUUGCAUAAGAAGAACGUUAUCCAUCGUGAUAUCAAACCUGAAAACCUUCUACUGGGAAUGAAAGGAGAAUUGAAAAUCGCUGAUUUUGGGUGGUCAGUUCAUGCUCCUAACACAAGACGGCAGACACUGUGCGGUACCCUCGACUAUCUGCCUCCAGAGAUGGUGGAGGGCCGCGAUCACGGUCGGAAUGUUGACUUAUGGUCCUUAGGCGUGCUUUGUUACGAGUUUCUGGUUGGAGUACCUCCUUUUGAGGAUCAGACCAGCUAUCGAGCAACCUAUAAACGAAUCGCACAGGUGGACCUGCGUAUUCCUGAUUAUGUCAGCGCUGAAGCAAAGGACCUUAUCUCAGGCCUUUUGCGGUAUAAUCCUGACGAGCGGCUUCCACUGGAACACGUCCUGCGGCACCCAUGGUUGGUUAGAUAUAAUACGGCAAGAGAGUUGGGGAUUCCUGCGGAGGAAGGUCUUCAGCUCGGUUGCCUAGAAGAAGAGGAAGAACAAAAAUGAGCAGCUUAGUCGGCAAACCUUACUGGACCAACAUCUGCAUUUUGUAUAUAUUAGUUUGGAUGGAGGGUCAGUGGGGAGGCGAUGUGGACAAUAAGAAAAAGUGAUGGUUAUGUUUCCUGA